UGACUCUGACACUGUUUGACACUGACAAACAAUCUAGAUUUCUUUCAUUCAUCUUCUAUUCCAUUGUAUUUUGUUGCCUGGUUUCGCUUAUUUCAAGCAAGCCGACUGAGCAUAAUUUCUAUACAAGAUGACUUCGGACGCAGUAGCUACUCCUCCGUCUGUAUCGUGGGCACAGAGAAGUGCUCGUGUAUUUCUCACAUUUAACGUCGAAUGUGAAAAACCGGACAUAAAAAUGGAAAAGCAAAUGAUUUCUUUUAAAGGGAUAUGUGAACCAGAGCAUAAACUACAUGAAGUAGUCAUACCUCUUUACGCUGAAAUAAAUCCAGAUAAGAGCACGUACGUUAACAAAGGCAGGUUAAUUGAAGUUGUAUUAGUUAAAGAGAACCCAGAAGCACCCUUUUGGCCGACUUUAACGAGUGAUAAAAAGAAACAUCAUUGGCUAAAGGUUGAUUUUGAACGUUGGCAAGAUGAGGAUGAGAGUGGUGAUGAAUUCGACGACAUGAAUGACAUGUUCUCAAGUAAAAUAGGCGACUUCGGUGAUGAAAACGAAAAAGAUGACACAAGCUCUGCAGAAGAGGAAGAUCUUCCGGAUGUAGAGUAAGGAAUCUCCAUACUCAUAUAGCCAAAAAUUAAUUAGUCAAGUUAGAUUCAACAUAAUCAUGUACGCAAAACAUCUAGUAUUUUAUAGUGGCACUUCCUCAUAGAAAGGGUUUUGUAUUUUAUUUAGUCUUGUAAAGUAUUUGAUAGAUUUAAUUGUAUUUACUAUUAUUGUGUUUAGAUUGUAUUGCUAUGCAAUAUCAGUUGAUGCAUUGCACAGGAGAACACAAGAACAUGUUAACGGGAGAGGUUUUAAUUUUACAAAUAUAAAUUGGUUUGCCUGUUUUCUGGAGGUGCCACUUGCAAUAGUUUUAAUGAACAUGUUUUCAUUAAUAUGUAUUGUACAAUUAUAAUUAAAAAUAAUAACUAUUUGCCUGCCAAUGCAGUAUCAGCAAUAUGUUUAAAUAGCAUACAUAAGAUGAUGAAAUUGUCAUUGGGGAAGAGGGCAUUUGUAUUAAUUGUAUUACUCCACUGGCUGGGUGUGCUGAACAUGAAUCUGAAAUGUGUUUUUAAAUUCAUGUGGUGGAAGAUGCUCUGUCCCUUUUUUACAAAUUGGUUUUUGGUAUAUAGCUUGUAUGGCACUGUUGAUGUCAUAAAUGGCUAUUGCCAUUAUGCUAACUAUUAAUUUAAGAAUGCCUGUAACCAUUUAAUUUUUGAAUGUAAUAAGUUUCUGUUGUCACACUUGACUAUCAAUUUAUCUCUACUUUUUAAUGUAACAAUUACCCUAUUCACCGUAUUUUUAGACUAUAACAUAAAUUGUGAACAAUAUGUUUGUGCUAUUUUAUACAUGGAAUAGAUUAGUGUGUGAGCUUAUUGUAGAUAAUGAGAGUGUCCAUUAAGUCAUACAUAACUUCAUAAGUACAUUGAUGCAUUUAGCUAGUACUAAUGUCAGAAGUUAUUAUAAAAAUCAUUAUAAUUUAAUUUAGAAGAAUGCUAUGAAAUGAAUUACUUAAUUUGAACAAGAAUGAUUUUUACAUUUCUUUGCUUGUCAUUUUUAUUAGCAGUUCAUGUUUUAAAAGGAAUGAGUUUGUUUAUGAUACUUUAUUAUUAUUUCUUUAUUAAACUCAUGAGCAAAUUCAUGUUGCAAUAGGCUUCUCUGACACUGACAUUAAUAGCUUUAAAUGUUCUGAAUGAGAAAAAAUGGAUUUUUUUACCAUUUAUGUCAUGACUUUUUAAUAUUAUGUACCUACACAAAAUGCAAUCUAUUUCGAUAUUCUCAUUUAAGUAAAUUUAUAUUUUUAUUUAAAUUUGAUAUUGGUUCAAAUUACCUAUAAUUCUGUUGAUGCAGUACAUAUAGAAGUAGAAAUUUGUGUAUUGCCUUAGCCAUCGGGAGAGUUUUGGUAGGCUUCCUAUUGUUUGGACCUUUUAAAUGAAUAUAUCACCCAACUGGUCAUCUGAAUAUUCCAGCAAUAUAAGUAACAUAAGCAGCUUUUUAUUGUUUAGCCGUUUAAUAGUUAAAGCACAUUUUUAUCACAAUUACUUAUGGAAAGAAGUUUAACAAUUGCAGGUGAUAAACAUAUUUCACAUUCCAAUUGUAUUAUUUUAAUUAUUUGUAUGCUUGUCCUGAAAUAAGUAAUAUCUGAAGACCCUCAUACCAAUGGGCAGCCUUGUGUUGAAUAAUGCGAGAUUCUAUGGUGUUUGUAUUUCUGUAAACUUUUAUCAUUUCCUCAAUUUAUGUUUUAUAUCUACCUAUGGGAUGAUGGUGAUAUUCUGUAACCGAAUCAUUUUAGGUUCAUGGUACUUGUAUUGCGUUCUUAUACCAAUAAAAAUACCCUAAACAUUUCA